AUGGCAAAACUGAAGCCAAUUGUGUUUCGUGUGAAUCGUUUUGCGGCCAAAAUGUGUCACAACUGCUCGCAAAGCAAUCGCUCACUACUUAUGAUGUGUUUAAUUGUCGCCAUUAUUAUGGUUUGCGUUCACUUUGAGCUCCAAUUGAAUCAAAUCCAGAGACAGACGCGAAGAUUGGAUCAAUUGUUGCGCCGAAGGACUGCCUCCACGCCAGCGAUGGACGGCCUCAACGACGCCGACGACGACAACUCUGUGGCCGUGGAGGCGGACGCGACACCCGAGCGGACGGACACUCGCGUCGCCCCCAAAGACACUGUCAUUAUCUACAAUCGGGUGCCGAAGACCGGGAGCACCAGCUUUAUGGGCGUGGCGUACGACCUGUGCUCCGCCAACGGCUUCAAUGUCCUGCACCUCAACACCUCGAAGAACAGUCACGUGCUAUCACUGGCGGAUCAGUUGCGGUUCGCGCGAAACGUGAGCCAAUGGCGGGCCCGACACCCGGCCCUCAUUCACGGUCACAUCGCGUACGUGGACUUCGACCGGUUGGGCGUCGCCUCUCACGUGAAACCCAUUUACGUGAAUCUAAUCCGACGACCGCUGGAACGGCUGGUCUCCUACUACUACUUCCUGAGGAAUGGCGACGACUUUAGGCCGUAUGUCGUGCGCCGACGACAGGGAGACAAGCGAUCGUUCGACGAGUGCGUGCGUCUCGACCAACACGACUGCCAUCCGGACAUUCUCUGGCUUCAGAUCCCCUUCUUCUGCGGUCACGUCAGCGAGUGUUGGCUUCCGGGCAACGAGUGGGCGCUCGCCGAAGCCAAACGCAAUUUGGUCGACAAAUACCUGUUGGUAGGGCUCACGGAACAGAUGCACGACUUCCUGGCGGUGCUCGAGGUCUCGCUGCCGGAGUUCUUCGCGGGCGCCGUACGCCUGUAUACCUCGGGAUCUAAGGCUCAUUUGCGGCGCACCUAUAAUAAGGUGCAGCCGUCCGCCCAAACGGUGUCCAAAAUACAGGCGUCGAAAGUGUGGCAAAUGGAGCAACACUUCUACGACUUCGCCGCCAAACAGUUUGAGUUC